UGUCUUCAUUGCAAAUUAAAAAAAGUUAGUCCAAAAGCGAAAACAAAACUAAACUCCUUUGAUUCCCAGAGUCAGAGAUUUAAUCGUCGACGGGUGGUGAAGAUGUACGAAUCGGCGAACGUCUCUGACGACGCAGAUCGUACGGCUUUCCGGAGAGCAGAGAAAAAUUACAAGCUUUACUACGAACAAGACUCAAAGUUCUCGAGAAAGAAGAAGCUACCUAAACCGGUUGAUUUGUCAUCGGUUCUCGAUUUCAAUUCAAUUUCACAAGAUUUCAACAAGACCGGUGCUUUACCCCACGGAAUUAGGGUUGCAGAAGCUGAUUCCCAGGUGUUCUGCAUCGAGAAUCGUCCCGGGUUUUACUUUAUCCCUAAUGCGUUGAGCUUGGAGGAGCAGUGCAAAUGGAUCAGAGAGAGCUUGACGAGUUUUCUUCAGCCUCCGAAUAGGACAAACCACAAUGCUGUUUAUGGUCCCGUUGCUGAUUUGUUUGAUUCAGCAAAAGCAAACAAGGUGUUGGUUCAGGAGGAUGCUAACGGAUGGAAGUUCUAUGAUGGUGAAGAAGCUAAACAAAGAAGUUGCAAAUCAGUUUCAGCUUCAGUUCUGUUAAGGAAGCUUCGUUGGAGCACCCUUGGUCUACAGUUUGAUUGGUCCAAGCGCAACUAUGAUGUUUCUCUGCCUCAUAACAACAUCCCUGAUGCACUUUGUCAACUAGCCAAGAAACACGCUGCUAUUGCAAUGCCUGCAGGGGAGGAGUUCCGUCCAGAGGGUGCUAUUGUAAACUACUUUGGCUUAGGUGAUACCCUUGGAGGCCACCUUGAUGAUAUGGAAGCUGACUGGAGUAAACCAAUAGUAAGCAUGAGCCUGGGAUGUAAAGCUAUUUUCCUCUUAGGAGGAAAAUCAAAAGAGGAUCCACCUCAUGCUAUGUAUCUCAGAAGCGGAGAUGUUGUACUAAUGGCUGGAGAAGCCAGGGAAUGCUUUCACGGCGUGCCCCGUAUCUUCAUUGACGAAGAAAAUGCAGAUAUUGGCGCACUUGAAUCAGAACUUUCCCAUGAUAGUGGACAAUUUUUCGCAGAGUACAUCAAAACUUCAAGGAUCAACAUAAACAUCAGGCAAGUUUUCUAAGUUGCCUGAUGUUUGCAAAAGUAUCUGUAUUAGCAUCAAGCCAGACGAUUUUGAGAAGCCUUCUGUAUCACUACUUUUAGUUUUCUAUAUUCUAAGGGCCAUAAAAGGUCUUCCAUUUUGUAGGAUUCAACCGGAACUAAAGUAAGAUUCAUACACUAUGAGACUAGUUUUGAGCUGAAAUUCUAAAUUUGUAGACAAUUAUAUUAUUAUCAAAGAAAGAAAAUCAAUUUUAUUUUUAUA